AUGAGUUUCAACAACAAAGUUGUGAUCAAGACUGAGGCGAUCUCCGGGCUUGGAGCAGCCAUAGCUCUUAAAUUCGCUAAAGAGGGAGCCAACGUUGUUAUUGUAGGAAGAAACUCAGACAAACUGAGAAACGUUUUGGAGAAUAUCUCUAAAGUCGGUAACAAACCCCUUGUAAUCGCUGCUGAUGUGACCAAAGGUAAUGAUGUUCAAAGGAUCAUCGACGAUAUAGUAGAUAAUUUUGGGAAAAUUGACGUCCUGGUAAACAAUGCUGGCUGCUGUUCACAUCAAUCGCGCUGCCUUGGCCCGGUGAAGACUGAUAUUGUUGAGAAUAUGGGAGCCGGCUCGGAGCUUCAAGAAGCCACUUCGAUGAAAUUCCGCGAAUCAGCUCUAUGA